AUGACGAAAAGCAAGGCGUCGGACUUCAUGUUUUUACGUCGCCAUACUCCCGAAAUAAUAGGGCUUUUGCUGUUAUUGGUGACUACAUUUACGAUGAUGGGGCGUGUUCUGGAUCUCUUGAAUGCCAGCAAUCGUCCGCAAAACCACGUGGCUAUCCGUCGUACCGAUAAUCAACAAGCGCUCCAUUCGCAGCAACAGCUACUACUUCGAACGGAAGUCCCUUUUCCAACACGAGCUCCGUACGUAUACAAGAAUGAAACGACAAAGCAAAAGUGCUACAAAGAACGAGAUCUUGGGAUCAUUCCAGCUCUUCGUCAAGCUUCUCACACCUUUUGUAAGAGUGGCGGAUGGGACAAAGACAAACAGAGACCAACGAGCUUUAUGAAAGCUACGAAGAUAUCAACGUUUCAAGUCGGAGGGGGGAUAAAGAGUACUGUGUUCAAUAAUCUCAUGUUAGAUUUCGUUGACGUUAAGAUUCACGCACCUAUCGCGAGUAUGGCACAAGACGGCGGCAAACAUGACCCACGAUUUGUCUUUAGUCCCAAUUUGAUUAAUUGUGUGUGCGAUGAAUUUGCCAACUAUAUCACGAACAUUUCGACCAACCGGGAUCGUCAACUUCAGCAAGUGUGGCAAUCCGCGCUGAUGCGUAUUCCAAACAAUGAUUCUGCCUUAUCAAGUAUUUGCUCACCGAAGCGGGACCUUACUGCCAAUCACUCAUGGGAUUUUAUGAAAAAUCCAUUAAAAAGUCUGGAUUUGAACGAGACACUCGUUUUUGAGGAUCCAGUAGUAUUAAUUGCCCGCCGUGACGACCACAACCCGUUUUUCCAAAUUUCAAACGCUCUUAAUUCGUGGAUUAUGCUUCAGGUUCUUAACUGGGAUGUUACCAAAACUCAUGUUAUCCACCUUGACGGUGGCUACCCAUCACCAAUUGAUGAGCUGCAUCAGAAAUUGUUGUCACCGAAUCAAGAUCUGAUUGCUGGCACUUCGUUAUUGAAUAAACGUGUCCAUUUUCGUGGUGAGGUUAUGAUUGCUCCGUUUGAAGUUUCAGGUCCAAUGAUGCAACACUUAAACAACAAGGAGCCGUGUUUUGAUUCGGAAUUGCUCAAGACAUUUCGGUCACACUCACUGAAAGCAAUGGGAAUCACUUUGGAAGCUGAACGCAGCAUCGGAAUGACUAGUAAUCGUCCCAUGUAUGUCACCACGAUAACCCGUCGACCGUACAGUGGACGUGAACUGCAGCGCGUAUGGCUCAAUGAAGACGAGAUAAUGGAGAAAAUGCGGAACAAGUACAGUGACGUCAAUGUGGUAUUUCGCUCUGUUGACUUUGUGAGUCUCACAUUAGCAGAACAGAUGAAAACAACGAUCGAGAGCGAUAUGAUCGUCAGUAUGCACGGAGCUGGUCUUGUGAAUGUACUCUGGUCACGUCCUAAGACAACGAUUAUAGAAAUAUUUCCAAUAGAGCGAUUUCGCUGGGGCUAUCGAAAUUUGUGUCAAUUUUUGGGCUGCGACUGGCAUCAAUUUCGUGGGGGUGAAGACGUUGGCGAGGAUCCACAUCCAAACUCUAAGAACAAAAGAAUUACUUACGACGAAUGGAUGAUUAUGUUCGAACCACAUUUUAACAAUACAUAUCGUGCCUAUCAGGAACAGCAAGAGCGAGAGUUAAACUACAUUUGA